AUGGUUGACGAGAAGAAGGCAGGAGCUCCCAAGAAGGGUGCCAAGAAAGUCAUCAAAAAGACGCUGCACAAGAGCGGCAAUAAGAAGGAUGCCAGGAAGGAGAGCUACUCUAUCUACAUCUACAAAGUGAUGAAGCAGGUCCAUUCGGACACCGGCAUCUCCUCCCAGGCCAUGAGCAUCAUGAACUCAUUCGACAACGAUAUUUUUGAGUGCAUCGCAGCGAGGCUUCCCGCCUGGCCCACUACAACAAGCAGCAGACCAGCAGCUCCUGGGAGAUCCAGACCGCCGUGCACCUGCUGCUGCCCGGGGAACUGGCCAAGCACGCCGUGUCGGAGGGCAUGA